AGCACUCCCCGCGGGGGUGCGGGGGUGCCGGAGCCGCUCAGGACCCUCUGUCCUGGUCCUCAGGAAGGAAAGCGUAGGCCCGGGUGGCGGGGGGUCGCUCCCUUGCCGCGGCCUUUUAACUUCAGUCCCUGGCCAGCAUCCGGGAGAGGAAUCUCCACCCUGCAGGCGGUCCCCGCGCCACUGGGCAAGAACGUGCGGUGACAUCGCGACUUGGGGGUAUAGAAGCAGAAAGCGGGAUAUGACUGCUCGGUGCCCAGUCAGGGACUAUUAAGUUCACCCAGCAAGUGAAGCCAGAAGAGAACUGGGACGAGCCGGGCGGGGCCAGGGAACCCCAGGCCGCGCCUGGCUGGGGACUGCGGAGAGGGCGGGCGGGGUCUCACUCUGGUCGCCUCGCGCAGCUCUGCCGUGCUCGCCGCGGCCAUUCAGGGAAGGUGGCUUAGGCUCGCCCUCGCCCGCACCGUCCUAUGCCGAGCCUGGAAGCGGGGCUUCGAACCGCGAGUGAAGAAAGCGCAGUGAGAGCAAACUGAAGGGCGGAAUGGCAGCGCAGGGCCAGGGGCCAGGGCUGCAGCCGGCUGCUCUGCCGCAGCGGAGCCUCCCCGCCCCGGCGCCGCCCUCGGCACCCGCCCACCGCUCCCCGCUGCCCUCACUUCCGUUCCUCAGAGCCCCCCAGCCUGGCAUAGGGCGACGGGCGACUACCCGGGUGGGAGGGAGGGGCUGAUGCGUAGGGGGAAGGUGGCGGCGGAGGGCGCCGAGUCCCAACCGCGUGCCACACCCACGCCCAGCCGAGUCCCGCUCAGCCUACCACUCAGACACCCAGCCUACCAGCCCCAGGCGGCCCCGCCUCUUUUGUGCGACCGGCGCUGUUGCCUGGGCAACGACCAGGCCACGCCCUGUCCACGCCCCGCGGUGCCCCGCCCAGGUCUCUGCGCGGCGCCGUUCCCAGCCGCAGUCCGCAGGAGCCGCUGCUGCAGCCGGCAGCUGGGCGGGAUUCCCGGGGUAGUCGCUGGGAGCAAAGCUCGCUUCUCCCGCGCCUGUGCUUUUGCCUGCCCCGGCUUACUUCUCCCCGCGUCGGUCCACUGGCCACGUACAGCUGACCAGCUCAUCUUCCAGCUUCGGACCGAGGCUCCACGGCCGCCGCAGGGACCCGCCCACCAGACCCUGCGCUCGGUAGCCGGUGUGUUUGAGUGGAACGUGCCGCUGAUGACACCUGGCAGAAGGCAGCCAUGGACGGCGAUGGCUCAGACUCGCCGGUGUCGAAUGUGCAAUUCUUCCGAAGUUUCUCGAGGAACUGCUUAAUUGAGGGAGCCGCCACAUCACACUUAAUCAGUUUGUUUCUCCCUCAAUGACAGAUGAACUAAAUUUUCUCUUGGGUUACCAUUAAGAAUAUCGAAAGGGAGCUCAUUUGCCCAGCAUGCAAGGAGCUGUUUACCCACCCAUUGAUUCUCCCUUGCCAACAUAGUAUCUGUCAUAAAUGUGUAAAAGAACUCCUGCUGACUCUUGAUGAUUCAUUCAACGAUGUGGGAUCAGACAACUCCAAUCAAAGCAGUCCUCGACUUCGGCUCCCCUCCCCUAGUAUGGAUAAAAUUGACCGAAUUAACAGACCAGGCUGGAAGCGCAAUUCAUUGACCCCGAGGACAACUGUUUUCCCUUGCCCUGGCUGUGAGCAUGAUGUGGAUCUUGGAGAACGAGGAAUCAAUGGUCUGUUUCGAAACUUCACUUUGGAAACUAUUGUGGAAAGAUAUCGUCAAGCAGCUAGGGCAGCCACAGCCAUUAUGUGUGACCUUUGUAAACCACCACCUCAAGAAUCCACAAAAAGCUGCAUGGACUGUAGUGCAAGUUACUGCAAUGAAUGCUUCAAAAUUCAUCAUCCUUGGGGUACUAUAAAAGCUCAACAUGAGUAUGUUGGUCCAACUACUAACUUUAGACCCAAGAUUUUAAUGUGCCCAGAACAUGAAACAGAGAGAAUAAACAUGUACUGUGAAUUAUGUAGGAGGCCAGUUUGCCAUCUAUGUAAGUUGGGUGGUAAUCAUGCCAACCACCGUGUAACCACUAUGAGCAGUGCCUACAAAACCUUAAAGGAAAAGCUUUCAAAGGAUAUUGAUUACCUUAUUGGUAAGGAAAGCCAGGUGAAGAGUCAAAUAUCUGAACUAAACUUGUUAAUGAAAGAAACAGAGUGUAAUGGAGAGAGGGCUAGAGAAGAAGCAAUUACACAUUUUGAAAAGCUCUUUGAAGUUCUGGAAGAGAGGAAAUCAUCUGUUUUGAAAGCAAUUGACUCCUCUAAGAAACUAAGAUUAGACAAAUUUCAGACUCAAAUGGAAGAGUACCAGGGACUUCUAGAGAACAGUGGACUUGUGGGAUAUGCUCAAGAAGUGCUAAAGGAGACAGAUCAGUCUUGCUUUGUGCAGACAGCAAAGCAGCUCCACCUCAGAAUACAGAAAGCCACAGAAUCUUUGAAGAGCUUUAGACCUGCAGCUCAGACUUCUUUUGAAGACUAUGUUGUUAAUACCUCUAAACAAACAGAACUUCUUGGAGAAUUAUCCUUUUUCUCUACUGGCAUAGAUGUGCCAGAGAUCAAUGAGGAACAGAGCAAAGUUUAUAACAAUGCCUUGAUAAAUUGGCACCAUCCAGAAAAGGAUAAAGCUGAUAGCUAUGUUCUUGAAUAUCGGAAAAUCAAUAGAGAUGAUGAAAUGUCAUGGAAUGAGAUAGAAGUGUGUGGAACAAGUAAAAUAAUUCAAGACUUGGAAAACAGUAGUACCUAUGCUUUCAGAGUAAGAGCUUACAAGGGUUCAAUCUGUAGUCCUUGCAGCAGAGAAUUGAUUCUUCAUACUCCUCCAGCUCCAGUUUUCAGCUUCCUCUUUGAUGAAAAAUGUGGCUAUAAUAAUGAACACCUCCUGCUGAACUUGAAGAGAGACCGUGUAGAGAGUAGAGCAGGAUUUAAUCUUCUGCUUGCUGCAGAACGCAUCCAAGUGGGUUAUUACACAAGCUUAGACUACAUCAUUGGAGAUACUGGCAUUACAAAAGGAAAACACUUCUGGGCCUUCCGUGUGGAACCGUAUUCAUACCUGGUAAAAGUGGGAGUUGCUUCUAGCGAUAAACUACAAGAAUGGCUCCGUUCUCCCCGGGAUGCAGUUAGUCCAAGGGUACUUACCAUGAAUGGAGCUUGCAGGACUGGAAGUUCUCUGGGUGCAUCCAUGAGUGAAUUUGAAGGCCUAGGACAUUGCUGCACACUACUAUAUGAGCAAGACAGUGGGCAUGACAGUGGAAGUGAGGAUGCCUGUUUUGAUUCUUCACAACCAUUUACCUUAGUUACUAUAGGCAUGAAGAAAUUUUUUAUACCCAAGUCACCUACUUCUUCUAAUGAACCUGAAAAUAGAGUUCUCCCUAUGCCAACAAGUAUUGGGAUUUUCCUUGACUAUGAUAAAGGCAAAGUAAAUUUCUAUGAUAUGGAUCAGAUGAAAUGCCUUUAUGAGCGCCAAGUGGACUGUUCACAUACACUGUAUCCAGCAUUUGCAUUAAUGGGCAGUGGAGGAAUUCAGCUUGAAGAACCCAUCACAGCAAAAUACCUGGAAUACCAAGAGGACAUGUAGUUGAAACAUCUGAUGUGACUCAGGAUAAAAACUAAACAAAGCAAUGCCUUAGCAUUAACCUUCGUAACUAAUUACAUAUCGCUGAGUGUUCUGUCACCCCACUUGUGUUUGAGUAUGAUUCUUCUUGAAAUACAGAAAAUCUAAACAGC